AUGAGUCCAUUCAGCCAAAAGAAGAACAAGGACACCGCGAAUCACCAGAGCAAGCCACUGCCUGCUCCAGAGGGAGAAGCACCAAUCCAUUCCCUUGUCUACGACCAGCGGUGCAAGGACAUAUGGAUCCUCCUUCUCAUACUUCGGUGCAUCAACGCUCUCUGCGUACGCACCUUUUUCCAACCCGAUGAGUACUUUCAAGCUUUAGAGCCGGCCUGGGAAUUGGCUUUUGGGUCUCAGAGCGGUGCUUGGAUCACGUGGGAGUGGGAGCAUCAGCUCCGGUCCUCUUUGCACCCAGCAAUGUUUGCCGCGGCAUAUUAUGUUGCGAACAAGGCCAUGGAGCUCGUGAGCUGCUUUCCCCAGUUUCGAGCCAUGAUCCUCGCAGUUCUGCCCAAUCUGAUACAGGCCUACUUUGCUGCCAUCGGAGACUAUUACACAUGGCAACUCUCUGAGAAUGUUUACGGAAGGGGAUCUAAGGCUGGCUGGGCCACCCUUUUGAUGACAAUUAUCAGUCCCUGGCAGUGGUUCUGCUCCACGAGGACUUUCUUAAAUUCUCUCGAGACAAGUUUCACUAUCGCCGCGCUAGGCUUUUGGCCUUGGGAGAUGUCGGUUGAUACUGUCCCCCUUUCUAGCAGUGACCUACCCGGUUCUAGAAAGCCCCAAGUGCCUGCUCCUGUCCCUGCCAAAACCUCCAUUUUCAAAAGCCGCUGGUCUAUUACAAGCCUUCGGAUUUCUCUUCUUCUUGCAGCUUCCGCAUGCAUCCUCCGCCCCACCAAUGCCAUGAUAUGGUUCUGCAUCAUGAUGCCAACCGUGACUCGGAUCUUCUCGCCCACCACCCGAGCAACCCCUUCUGAUUAUUUCAUUUUCUUUCGAGAAGCAGUCCUCUGCGGAACCGUCACCCUCCUCAUCUUCGCAAUCUCUGAUCGGUUGUACUUUGGGGAGUGGACGUUCCCAGCCUAUCAAUUCAUCCAUUUCAACGUCAACCAAGACCUGGCCGUGUUCUACGGCCGCAAUGAUUGGCAUUACUACAUCUCCCAAGGUCUCCCGUUGCUACUCACCACUUACCUCCCCUUUGGGCUGAUCGGACUUUGGAAGUCGGCAUCGCUUCCUUCCACCAGCGUUCCCUUCCUUCUCAACAUCACAAUCUUGGUAACAAUUGGCGCACUAUCGUUCAUUUCCCACAAGGAAGUACGCUUCAUCUAUCCCCUCCUUCCACUCCUCCACAUCCUCGCAGCACCCACCAUUGCUGCUUUCUUCACCACAACCAGCACUAAAACAAACCCCUCCACACCCUCCGCUACCAGCUCCAAGACGCAACAAACCACAACUUUCCGUCGGAAACCACUCCUCACCCUCCUCCUUCUGGCCAAUAUCUUCAUCAGCGGCUACACAACCUUCUACCACCAACGUGGUGUCCUCUCCGUCCUGACCUUCCUCCGCUCCGAAUACGAAACCCUUUACCUAGACCCCCAAGGUAACCCACUUCAAACCAGCUCUACAACCGACCACGACGCCUUCGCCGCCUUCCUGAUGCCCUGCCACAGCACCCCCUGGCGUUCUCGACUCUUCUACCCAAAUCUCAAAGCCUGGGCCCUAACCUGUUCCCCGCCCCUCCACCUUGCAGCCCACACCGCAGAACGAGAAGCAUACCGCGACGAAGCGGACCGCUUCUUUGACAACCCAAUGAAAUUCCUCAAAGAGGAGGUUAAUACGAGGGAGCGACCGUGGCCACGGUACGUUGUGGGGUUUGAGGGCAUUGAAGCGAGUUUAAAGGAGUUCUGUCAUGAGGUUAUGAAGGGCUGGGCGGUUAAGGAGAAGUGGCGGACGGGGAAUACGGAUUGGAUUGAUGAUUCGAGACGGAAGGGCGAUGUCGUCGUGUGGGAGUUUGUGGAUGCUAAUAAUUCCUAA